ACGACAAAACUAUCAAAUCAACGCACUUGUCUCUCAAAUCCUCCAAACUCCAUCCCCACUUUCACCUUCUCAGAUCUUCCACACCGUUCUAAAGGGUCCUCUCUCAUUCACUCUCUGAAGACACAAGGGCGACAAUGGCGGAUUGGGGUCCAGUGAUCAUAGCGGUGGUGCUGUUUGUGCUGUUGACUCCAGGGCUUCUGUUUCAGAUACCCGGGAAGGGGAGAGUGGUGGAGUUUGGGAACAUGCAGACCAGUGGUGCCUCCAUUGUCGUACAUGCCAUCAUCUACUUUGGGCUUCUCACCAUCUUCCUUAUCGCCAUCGGUGUUCAUAUCUAUACCGGAUGAAGUGCGUCAGUUUGCUCGAGCAGUUAAGAACCUGGUGCUCUCAAUCGAUCUCAUAUUUAACUUUCUUGGUUUAUUUGUCUAUGUUUAGUCUGUUUAAAUGUGUUGCUGUUGCUACUAAAUCAUGAAUGCUUGAAAGACUGGUUUUUCUGGGUGCAAUUUAAACUUAGAAGCAAUUGGGGUUGGAUUUGAAUGGUUUGUUUAUUAGCUGGAUAGGGAUGGGCUAUGAACUUGUCAUACUUAUUAUGAUCGAUUUGGUAUAGAGGAAUCGAUCACAUUUUCCACGUAUGAUCACAUGUUAUCAACGUGACGAUGGAUAGCAAGUAAAAAGACCAUGAAUUGUGAUGCUUUGAGGGAAAGAUUUGGACUUGUUUGUAACAUUGUUUGUUUUUGCUUUGGAACAAUGUGAUUGAUACUUUGAUAGGAUACUUGUAUCGAGUUAACUCAUAUGCAUGAUAGAGACAACUUAUA